UCGCGACGCCGCCGGCCGGAGACGAACGAGACACACUUACUGCACACACACCUACGUACGCCGGCGAGAGGCUGCCGUUGUUGUUAAUUACGUGCGUGCCAUGGGGGUGACCAGCGGCGCCGGGGAGGCGCUCAAGUCGUCGACAUCGUCGUCGCCGAUGGCCGGGCUGCGGGCGGCGGCGAUCGUGAAGCUCAACGCGGCGUUCCUCGCCUUCUUCUUCCUCGCGUACAUGGCGCUGCUCCUCCACCCCAAGUACUCGUACCUCCUCGACCGCGGCGCCUCCUCCCUCGCCCGCUGCAACGCCUUCCGCGACGCCUGCUCGACGUCGACGGCGACGACGACGUCCCAGCUCUCUCGGAAGCUCGGCGGCGUGGCGGCAAACAAGGCGGUGGCGGCGGAGAGGAUCGUGAACGCGGGGCGGGCGCCGGCCAUGUUCGACGAGCUCCGGGGGCGGCUGCUGAUGGGCCUCGUGAACAUCGGCCGCGACGAGCUGCUGGCGCUCGGCGUGGAGGGCGACGCCGUGGCCGUCGACUUCGAGCGCGUCUCCGACGUGUUCCGGUGGUCGGACCUCUUCCCGGAGUGGAUCGACGAGGAGGAGGACGACGAGGGCCCGUCCUGCCCGGAGCUCCCCAUGCCGGACUUCUCCCGCUACGGCGACGUCGACGUGGUGGUGGCGUCCCUUCCGUGCAACCGCACCGACAGCGCCUGGAACCGCGACGUGUUCAGGCUGCAGGUGCACCUGGUGGCGGCGCACAUGGCGGCGCGCCGGGGGAGGAGGCACGGCGGCGGCGGCCGCGUGCGCGUCGUGCUGCGCAGCGAGUGCGAGCCCAUGAUGGACCUGUUCCGGUGCGACGAGGCGGUGGGGAGGGACGGCGAGUGGUGGAUGUACAUGGUCGACGUCGAGCGGCUGGACGAGAAGCUCCGGCUUCCCGUCGGCUCAUGCAACCUUGCCCUGCCGCUCUGGGGACCCGGAGGGAUCCAGGAGGUGUUCAACGUGUCGGAGCUGGCGGCGGCGGAGUCGGCCGGGAGCGGGCAGCGGCGGCGGCGGGAGGCGUACGCCACGGUGCUGCACUCGUCGGACACGUACCUGUGCGGCGCGAUCGUGCUGGCGCAGAGCAUCCGGCGGGCGGGCUCGACGCGCGACCUCGUCCUCCUCCACGACCACACCGUCUCCAAGGCGGCGCUGCGGGCGCUGGCGGCGGCCGGCUGGACCCCGCGCAAGAUCAAGCGCAUCCGCAACCCGCGCGCGGAGCGCGGCACCUACAACGAGUACAACUACAGCAAGUUCCGGCUAUGGCAGCUCGCCGACUACGACCGCGUGGUGUUCGUCGACGCCGACAUCCUCGUCCUCCGCGACCUGGACCCGCUGUUCCGCUUCCCGCAGCUCACCGCGGUCGGCAACGACGGGUCCCUCUUCAACUCCGGCGUCAUGGUGAUCGAGCCGUCGCAGUGCACGUUCGAGUCGCUGAUCCGGCAGCGCCGCACCAUCCGCUCCUACAACGGCGGUGACCAGGGGUUCCUCAACGAGGUGUUCGUCUGGUGGCACCGCCUCCCCCGGCGGGUGAACUACCUCAAGAACUUCUGGGCGAACACGACGGCGGAGCGCGCCCUCAAGGAGCGCCUGUUCCGCUCCGACCCGCCGGAGGUGUGGUCCAUCCACUACCUCGGCCUCAAGCCAUGGACGUGCUACCGCGACUACGACUGCAACUGGAACAUCCCCGACCAGCGCGUCUACGCCAGCGACGCCGCCCACGCCCGGUGGUGGCAGGUGUACGACGACAUGGGGGACGUCAUGCGCGCGCCGUGCCGCCUGACGGAGCGGAGGAAGAUCGAGAUCGCCUGGGACCGCCACCUCGCCGAGCAGGCCGCCUCCUCCGACCACCACUGGAAGAUCAACAUCACCGACCCCCGCAAGUGGGAGUAGGGCGCCGCAGUUCCUCCGACGUGCUUUCCACCGUUACAUGGUCACUGCAGCGCCCAACGUCUUUCUCAAUCCAUGGAAGCAGUGAGCUAGCCUUGGCUUCGCCGCCGUGGACCCGUCCCUGACACGUGGCAGCUAGCGAGCGCCGGAUUUAGAAUUUUGGAACUCAUUUUUUUCCUCUUCUUCUGUUCAUAUUUACACACGCACAGGGACUAUAUAUAUAUAGAUCAUUAAGCCCAUGGCGAAUAAUUAAAAUCACAGGUAAAUAAUUCGAUCCGUUGAUCUCUUG